AUGUCUACGAAAUCUCUUGUGUUUCUUGGUCUGAUAAGUACGGCCUUUGGACUGGCAACAAGUACCAGUCAUUCCAAUCUGCCGUCGUGUCGUGCUCUCCCUGGGGACGCCGCAUGGCCCAAAUCCCACGAGUGGGCCAAGCUCAACAAGACCAUCAAUGGAAACUUGAUUGCAACUAUACCUGAGGCUAGCGUAUGCCAUGAAUCUUCUUUCGGAACUUUUGAUUCCUCGCCUGUGCCCAACUCAAAACUACAUGGGAUGUGGCACUUCCCAGCCAUCUGUCCAAAUGGGGUCCCAUCACUGACACACGCCAGUAUUUCCGCUCCUGGAGAUGUUCUCAGCCAGUACUUCCAGAACUACACUUGCGUUCCCUUCACCAAUGUGUCUCAGAAUUGUGAGCUGGGCAACUUCCCCAACUACGUUGUCAAUGUCACUGGAGUAAACGAUGUCCGGGGCGCCAUUGCGUUUGCUAAAAAGUACAACAUAAGAAUCGUGAUCAAGAACACAGGACAUGACUACCUGGGCAAGUCCACCGGGAGAGGCAGCUUGUCCCUCUGGACACACAAUCUCAAGUCCACCGAGUACAUCCCUUCCUACAGCUCCCCCUAUUAUAAAGGGCCCGCUGCAAAGCUAGGUGCUGGUAUUGAAGGAUGGGAAGCCUACGGGCUUGCCAAUUCGACAGGUCACCGCAUGGUUGGGGUACCUGUCCUACCGUCGGUGUCCUCCUACGGCACGAGUGCCGACAAUGUGCUGGAGUGGGAGGUUGUCACAGUCGACGGUCAGCACCUCAUAGCGACCCCAAAUCAAAACUCGGACCUCUACUGGGCCCUCAGCGGUGGUGGCGGUGGCACUUUUGCCGUCGUUCUCUCGAUGACCGCUCGAUUGCACACGGACAGUAUAGUGGGUGGUACCCUUCUCAGCUUCAACGACUCGAUCGUUGGCAACGCUGCUUACUGGGAGGCCGUGGGUGUAUUCCACGCACUCCUUCCUGAUUUCCUUGAUGGCGGCAACUCCUUCACUUACUCCGUCGGGAAGAACUCCCUAUCCGCAUACGGAACAAUGCCUGGUGCAAAUCUCACCGAGGUCAAUCGGUUGCUUAAGCCAUUCUUAGCUGACCUAGCUCACCGCAAUAUCACUCCUUACAAUACGCCACAAGUCUCACCCAACUACUAUACCCACUUUUACACCUACCUGGGUCCAGCCCCCUACGGUUACGACGCUUUCUAUCCUUUCACCAACAGCCGCAUCAUCCCUCGAUCACUCGUGGCAAACUCUACCACGAAUGCUGUCGUCACAGACCUUUUCCGCAAUAUUACUCUUGUGGAAGCCUUCUCUCCCUUCUACUGCGACAGUUUCACUGUCGCCACCCAAUCCCAUCCGGAUAACUCGUUGCAUCCCGCGUGGCGCGAUGGGAUGCUUCUUUGUGCUCCUGCGGGCAGCUGGGACUGGAACGCGACGCCAGAGGAAAUGACGGCGCGGGAUGAGUAUGCUGCUAAAACACUGCAGCCGAUGAUGGAUAAGGCGACACCGGGUGGUAUGGUCUAUCUGAAUGAGGCCAAUCAUCUGUACGCAGAUUGGAAGGAAAGCUUCUACGGUAAUCAAGUACGAGAGACUGCUGAGUGUCAAGAACAAGUACGACCCACAGCAGUUAUUGUAUGUGAAGACGGGAGUGGGAAGUGA